UCCCGUGUUUCCCAUGAUGCCGUGCCCGGUGGGCAAAUUCAAACAGUAGAAAUGGAAGAGGGAUCGAGGAAGGGAGAGUUUGAGUGUGAAAACAUGACUGUCAUCAAAUAUACCAACACCAGGGAAACUUCUAACAACAGCUAUAACAACACAAAUAUUCUCACCGAUCGGUGUACAUCUGAAGAAGAAGAAUCAAAGGUUUCGUCUGAUGGAGAAAAGGAAAGGAACAUUUUGUGCCAUGUCGAUGAUCCUGAAUCCUCCACGAAAACUAAGGUGGAAAAUGUGCGCUUGUUGGACAACGUUGGUGAGGGUGAGAGAGACGGGGAGCAUUUAAACCCAUCAGAGGACAAAGAAAAUAAAAAUAACCCCAUACAGGCAAGAACAGAGCAGACAGGUUGCCAGCAGAUUGAUGCUACGGCCGAUUCUUCUAGCAGUCAGAAGGAUUGUGAAUCUAGUGGAGUGUCUGCAAACCACAUUGAUGAUGAGGAAAUAUUCAGGAGAGCAAGAGAAGAAGGACGAGUGGAUGUUGUUUUUCCUGGCCGUAUCACUCAGGAUGGCUGCUGUAGAUUUGUUUGUGAGCUUCUGAAGUGUGUCCUUUACCAGCGACAGCAGUUGCCCAUGACAUACGACCAAAUGGUGUUCCUCCAGAAACAGCAGCAUAAUGCCACUCAGACAGAGGACGUGGUAAAUCGACGGUCUGUAAAGACAUCUAAGGACUUGGAUUGGCGACGAUGCCAGCGGACAUUGCAGGAGCUGGAUGAAGUCCUAGACCACCUUGAGACAUUGUUCUCUCUUAGCCACGUUCCUCGCGUGCUUUUCAUGCUAGGUGGGUCUACCAUCAUUCCCACCGAGCUGUAUGAGGUAGACAUGGAAGCCGUAGCUAUGGGUGCCGGGGAAAACAGCUUAAGGACUUCAACCUGUCUAAGACAGCUUUUCCGCACGCUGUUUGUUGCUGACCUGCUGUCAGAUGUCAAGUCUGUGCGCCUCAUGGCUACCACAGUCAUGGCUAUGGGUCACCGGGAUUGUGGCGUGACUGGGUUUAAGCCCAAAGUGGAUUUUAAAGUUCCCACGAAAGUGAAAAGGAACCCACAGGGAGCCUGAGCCGGCACAGGGCGUGCCCAGCGGGCCCGACAGCCCCCAACACGCAGAGCUGAGGCUCUCGACCACAAAGAGACAGACAGUUCCACUCAACCCUGGAAUUCAUUUUCAUGACUCACCUUAGUCAGUAAGUGGUUCUUUUAGAACCCAAGAAGAUGAGCUAGAACUCUUCAGGACUUCCCUAAGUGCAUGCCAGGCCUGGCGGCCUUGUCUUUCCAUUCCCCAAAGAUCACAGGACUUCAGCUGGGUCCCUCUCAGCUCUUGUUUCUUCUUCGCUUUUCACAUGGGACGAAACUCCCAGUCACCAUCGAGUCAGAACAUCUUUGGAGUUCAUCACUCUUCAGACCCGGAAGAACGUGAUCACGAUUCCAAAACCACCACUGCUCCAACCAUCAAGACUUUCACCCGAGACUGCAUUCGGACACUUGUUCAACGACCAAGGCAAUGCAAGUAUCAUACAUUUAACUAAACAAAACAGAGGUUUAGUGUAAGCUGUAGACAGCACUGAUGGUUUCACUCAGGUGGUUAACUGACUCUUUCUAUAGCUUCAUUUCCUUGUCUCUCUCUAACUGCUUCUCACUGACCCUUCUCCCAUGUAUGACUGACUUUGUGUUUGUUUGUUUAGAUUAGUUAUGUGUUAGUCCUUCGUUAAUAAAACUCUUGUGCACAAAUUACAUGAGUGUUGAUUCUGAUUCUGCCUUGCAAAUUAAUGUCCCUUUACGAUUCCGAUUCAAGCUACAUGCUCUAAUGCAAUGGUACUUUAAGAAAGUUAUUUUCUGUGGCCAAGAAAAUAUCAUUUCUUAGAGUUGAUAUAGAAAUUAUACU